CUAGGAUCUUCAUCUCUCUCAGGCUCCUGGGCAUCAUGCCUUGUUUCAAGCAGCCUAAUCACUUACAGAGUCUGUUAGUUCUGCAAUGGCCCUUGACCUACCUUGCUUUAUUUUGGAUUGUACAGCCAUUGUUCGUUUGCCUGCUGUUUACAUCUUUGUGGCCUCUACCAGCCCUUUACUUUGUCUGGUAUUUCCUGGACUGGAAGACCCCGGAACGAGGUGGCAGGCGUUCUGCCUGGGUAAGGAACUGGAGUGUCUGGACCCACAUGAGGGACUAUUUCCCUAUCACGAUCCUGAAGACUAAGGACCUGUCACCUGAGCACAAUUACCUCAUGGGUGUUCACCCCCAUGGAAUCUUGACCUUUGGUGCCUUCUGCAACUUCUGUACUGAGGCCACAGGCUUCUCAAAGAUCUUCCCGGGAAUCACUCCUCACUUGGCCACACUGUCCUGGUUCUUCAAGAUCCCCUUGAUUAGGGAGUACAUCAUGGCCAAAGGUGUGUGCUCUGUGAGUGAGCCAACCAUUGACUACCUGCUGAGCCACGGCCCUGGCAACCUCGUGGGCAUUGUAGUGGGAGGGGUAGCAGAGGCCCUGCAAAGUGUGCCCAACACCACCACCCUCCUCCUCCGGAAGCACAAGGGAUUUGUGCGCAUAGCCCUCCAACGUGGGGCUCAUCUGGUCCCCACCUUCACUUUCGGAGAAAACGAGGUAUAUGAUCAGGUGCUGUUCCAUAAGGACAGCCGGACAUAUAAGUUCCAGAGUUACUUCCGCCGCACGUUUGGCUUCUAUUUUUGUAUAUUCUAUGGACGAGGCUUCAGCAGAGACUCUAAUGGGCUCCUGCCGUACCCGCUACCUAUCGUCACUGUGGUCGGGGAGCCUUUGCCACUGCCCAAAAUUGAAAAUCCAAGCCAGGAGAUGGUAGACAAAUACCACACACUCUAUAUGGAUGCCCUGUGCAAACUGUUUGACCAGCAUAAGACUCAGCAUGGCUGCUCAGAGACCCAAAAGCUGAUUUUCUUGUGA